AUGUCAGUGGCGUCACUCUUGACAUUUCGUAACGUAUGACAUACGUCAUUCAUAUGCCAAUUUCGUAAACAAUUUGUUGCAAAAAAUAAUGGACUUAUUCAAACUUCAAUGAUUUUCUGUGCAAUUAUAUUUGGUUCGACAGUUCAAGAUGGAAAAAUACGAUUCCUCUCAACUAACUGAGUUUCCACGUUUCGAGCCAGAGUCUUCACAGAGCGGUGUGUCCACUUUUUUCAAUAAACUGUGGAAGUUUCCGAUUUUUUCACCAAGCGAAACUUCGGAAGAUUUGCAAAACAAAGCUGGGGAGGAGGGAAAAGAGAAUUCCGAAGAUCAGAAAACGGAAAACGAUGAUGUGAAGACCGAUAGUGGGUCGUAUGCUGUGGAACUUGAGGGGCGGAGUCUGCCAAAUGUAGUGAGAAGGAUUAGCAGCCUCGUCGCCCUUGGAACUGGGGUGAGUCUACACAAGCUGUACGAAUACUUUGGACUUUGGAGCGGCACGAAGUACGCGGACACCGAGCUGGCGCGGUACUGGAUGCCGGACGACAUCUCGCGCGAGUGUUACGAGUGUGCCUCUCGGUUCAGUGCGCUGCGCAGGCGCCACCACUGUAGGGUGUGCGGACAAAUAUUUUGCUCUCGCUGCUGUAGUCAGAGGGUGCCAGGGCACAUAUUCGGUUGUGCGGGCGGUCUGCGCGUGUGCAACUACUGCUGUAACGUGGUGCUCAGCUACCUGAAGGAGAACGAUCUCACCGGAGAAAUAUCGCCAGACUUGAGGACCUUGCAGGAGAACUUGCAAGUGAAGUUUCCCGAACACCGCGGCCGAGCAUCGGGCCGGGCGCGCGAGCACUUCAUGUUCGCGCGCGAGCAGGACGAGCGAGCGGACGCGCGACACGACCCCAAGGAGGCGCUUCACGACGUCUUCCGGCAGCUCUGCUUCACGCUGCCCACGCAACAACACAGAUACCGCCUGGUAAGGUACAACGGGGUGUGGCGCGGUUGUGACAUAUUGCAAUGGGUUAUGGACAACACCAACAACAAAACUAGAAUCCAAGCUUCGAUGGUGUGCCAGAACCUGCUGAGCUCAGGGUACAUGGAGUGCAUGAGCGAGCUGCUUCAGUUUGCCGACUACGCGUUGUACCGACCCACGGUGUUGCCGCCACUGGUCGCUGAGGACAACGAGUCGCCUAUAGACGACAGUACUAGACUGGUUGAAAGCGUGUCGUCCUAUUGCCUAGAUUUGAACCUGGGUGACAGUUCGGCGCGUCUCAUCAAAACACCAAAGGCAGAGGCAAAAUCGUCUUCAUCUAGCGAAGAAGAACCGCCUGCGAUGGAAAAUCACGAAGCCCACAGCUCGUCGCCCGACGUGUGCAAGGCGAUAGCGGAGUCCGGCGAAGAGCACCUGAAGCUGUUGAUGCGGCAGUGCCUCGCGCGGCACUCGCUCGCCGCGGCCUGGCUCGACGUACUCUACCCGCUGUGUCAGCAGGCCGCAGAAAUCAUCUCGCCAGACGUACACAGCAACGACAUGGACGUGCGGAACUACGUGCAAGUGAAGAAGGUGCCUGGAGGGACGAUGCGAGACAGCUGCGUCAUACAGGGAGUCGUGAUGACCAAGAACGUCGCGCAUAGGGGCAUGCCGCAGCAGAUAUCCAAUCCGACCAUACUGCUGCUGGACUGUUCCGUAGCGUACCAGAGGGUGGAGGGCAAGCUGACGUCAUUGGAGCCGGUGCUUCUGCAAGAGCGCGAGUACCUGGUGCGGUGCGCGGCGCGCAUGACGGCGCUGCGCGCGCGCGUGGUGCUGUGCCGCGGCCGCGUGCAGCGCGCCGUGCAGGACGCGCUGCGCGGCGCGGGCGUGGCGCUGUGCGCCGCCGUGCGCGCGCCCGCGCUGCGCCGCGCCGCGCGCUGCACCACGGCCGACCCGCUCGCCUCCGUCGACGCCAGGAUCGGCGCGCCGCGCCUCGGCACCGCGCACAACUUCUACGUCAAGAACUUUUCCGGUAAAACUUUGGUAGUACUAGAAGGCUGCGCGGAACCGCAACUCGGUUGUUGUAUUCUAUUACGAGGUGCACCGUUACAAGAAUUAGUUCGAGUGAAAAAAGUUGUCAAAUUUAUGCUCCUCGCUUGCUACAAUUGGAAACUGGAGAAAGCAUUUUUAAGUGAUCUCGAAGCUAUAUUACCUGAACCAGGAGUUACCUUUGACGACGACGAAGUUACUGAACAAAAAGCCACUGAUGAAAAUGAAAAAGACGAAAAAAAUACAAAUAUAGACCAAACAAAAAGUAAUGGAUCUGACAGAAAUGUGGACAAUAUAUCAAUGAAGAACUACAAUGCUAAAUUAGAAGAAGCCAAGUCCAACUCACAACCUGUCCAAUAUGAAAAUGAACCUUUGAAUUUUAAUCAAAGUCCUAAUAGUGAUCCUAAUGAUGACACAAUAUUUUGUGGCUUCAACAAGGAUACUCCAAAAAGUGAUGAAGCAGAAAACAAGACCGAUAACAAAGACGCGGCUAAACUCGAAGACGAUUUUGUAAAAUCGAAGCCCUAUGUGCGUAAAGCUGACAGUGAUAAAAAUUUAAGUUGUGGAGUACCUAUUAAGGAUUUCAGUGAUCCAUUACAUUCAACACUUUCAGUGGAUGAUGAAGUGUUUCUGCCGAAAGAAGAAGCAGAGUUAAAGGCGGAUACGCAAACUGAAAGAUGGUCGACGGACGACGUGGUGCUGUCGCUGUCGCCGAACGUGGCGGUGCCGGCGCCGUACCUGGAGACGGAGGCGGGGCGGCGCUGCGCCCUGCGCGCCUACUACCCGCGCCCGCUCGUGGCGCCGCGCGCGCCGCCGCCCACACCCCGCGCGCUGCGCCGCGCGCCGCACCCGCCGCCGCGCCGCCCGCCCGCCUCCGCCGAGGUCCACCCAUUCAUCCGUAACCCGAUCACAACAAACGCGGAUGACCCAGCACUGAAGACAGCGCUGGCGCACUACCGAGCCACCGGCUGUCGACUUGUUAAUGACGAACACACCCCAUCCUGUCCACUCUACAAUCCGUCAGUCCUCAAGAAGGUCCCCAAGGAAUUAGAGGAGGAAUCGAACGACAAACAGUCGGAGAACGAGCCGCUAGACCCGCUGGACCCUGAGAACCAUCAACGCCUCAGUCUUCUGCUGUACAGCUUCAGUAACAAGUCUGCUAACGUACCGGAUUUCUGCGUUAAUCCUUGGAUAGUGACGAUGGAUCUGUACGGACGACACGACAUAUCGCUGGGCGCGUUCCUCGACAAGUACUGCUUCAACGGCGACUACAAGUGCACCUCAAACAACUGCCAGGUGCCGAUGAAUCAACACGUCAGAAGGUUCGUUUACGGCGACGUGUGUCUUACGAUCACGUGCAACACGGUUGGACACAGCAACCUCGACAAGCCGAGAGAUGAUCAAAGUAAUCAGGUGUCGGUGUGGACGCGCUGCGAGUCGUGCGGCGCGGCGGCGCGCGCGCGCGGGCUGUCGGCGCGCGCGCGCCUCGUGUCGCUCGCGCAGUACGUGCGCACGCGCGUGUCGGGCGCGCGCUACCGCCGCGCCGGCUGCGACCACCCGCUGCACGCGCAUGCGCACGCCUUCGUUAAAGCGCACACCACCGCCUGGUUCAGGACUAGCAAAAUACAAACAUAUGAAAUAGAACUACCGCCCGAUGUUAUAUCGACUAAAUAUGACGUGAAACAAAUGCGCGACACACUCAUAAACCAACUCAAUGAGCUGAUGCUUAAAGGUCACGAGACAUUCAGUGGUGUGACAGAGGGUGAGGCCGAGAAGGAGUACGCGGCAUUCAAACAGCACACAGAGCAGAUCCAUCUAGCGCUCACAUCCGCCAGUCUCCAGGAACACACCACUUUACCAGCUGUGGUACGAAGUCUAUGGACAGUGUCUGACAACAUCAUAGCCGGAGAGAAGAUGCUGCGAGACGCUCAAGACAAGUGGUCAUGUCCACCGCCCAAGAUCAAGUCUCAACCGGAGACUACAGUUGAUGACAAAUCCGAUAUAGAAGAUUCCUCCGGCGAGAACGGUAAUGAAGGAGUCGGAACGACUUAUGUGUUCGCCACAGAUACCUCCAGUAAAGAACUGGAAAGGGAACAAGCAGGAGUCGAAGAAGAUGAAGAAAGAGGCGACAAGAAAACAGUCAGGCAAAUAUUGUCGCAGUUGUUAUCCAAUAACCAGCCUUCGCAUCAGGCGGGCAUGAUAAUUUCGUCGGGUCUGGUGCCGGUGGUGGUGCAGGGCGGCGAGAUCGGGUCCGUGAUCGCGGCCACGCUCGCCUCCCUCGCGUACCGGCGCGCGCUCGCACUCGCACGACACAGCACACAAAUAGAGCAAGAAGACGGCGAGAAUUCUAACAACACAGGCAAGGAGAAGUCUGAGAACGACAAGUCGAAAUCGAAGUCAAACGACCAUGUAGAAGUGUUAUUGAAGGACGGUCUAGUUUGUCGCGUGUACGCGGCGACUCAGUUCGCGGCUCUGCGGCACGCGAUCCUCGGCGGCAUCGGGCGGGACUCGCGCGAGACUCGCGACACGCGAGACUCUCACGCACACGACACGUUGGAGUCACACGACAUGCAUGACUUGCCGCGCUGUCGUUGCGACCAGAAAACCUUAUGUGAUAUUGAAGAGGCGUUUAUCAGGUCGCUGGCACACUGCGUACCCUGGGCUGCUAAGGGAGGCAAAUCAGGAUCUACCUUCUGCAAGACGAAAGACGACAGGUACGUGCUGAAGGAGAUGACGAAGCCUGAGUGGCAGCAGUUCCUGGACUUCGCACCGCACUACUUCAACUACGUUAAUAACUGCAGGCAGAACAACCUCCCCAGUUUGUUGGCGCGCAUCGUGGGCGUGUACAGCGUGGGCGGCGCCGGCAACGGCGUGCUCGUGAUGGAGAACAUCUGGUACGGCCGCCCGCGCGCCACGCGCUUCGACCUCAAGGGCUCCUCGCGCCACCGCCUCGCCGCCGACACGCAGCCCCGCGCCGUGCUCAUGGACGAGAACCUGCUCAACUGUAAGCACUAUACUGACUAUUUAUUGUAUUGCAACGGCGUGCUCGUGAUGGAGAACAUCUGGUACGGCCGCCCGCGCGCCACGCGCUUCGACCUCAAGGGCUCCUCGCGCCACCGCCUCGCCGCCGACACGCAGCCCCGCGCCGUGCUCAUGGACGAGAACCUGCUCAACUUGCGCUGGUCGCAGCAGCUGUACGUGGCGUCGCACACGGGCGGCGUGCUGUGGGCCUGCGUGGAGCGCGACACGGCGUUCCUGGCGGCGCUGGGCGUCAUGGACUACUCGCUGCUGCUCGGCAUCGACGGCACCACGCUCGUGCUCGGCAUUAUCGAUUACAUCCGCACAUUCACAUGGGACAAGAAACUGGAACACUUAGUAAAGAAGAACCUCGGCUCCGGCCAGCCUACAGUGGUUUCUCCGGAGCAGUACAAGCGUCGAUUCUGCGCGGCGUGUCGUAAAUACUUCCUGCACGCCGCCGCGCACUGGGAUCUGCUGAUACCACCGUUAAUGCAUCCGCAGUGAUAGUGUUUUAAUCAAUAAUCGAUUAGUCGAUGUCAGUAAUCGAUAUUGGUCACAAAAUAGUUGUUUCAAUGACCCUUUGUUAGAAAAAUGUCGUAAUCGAUUGUAUCGAUGUUAGUAAUCGAUAUUGGUCACAAAAUAGUUAUUUCAGUGACCCUUUGUUAGCAAAAUGUUGCGAUUAAAUAGAUUCGUGUAAAUGGGAUUUUAUAGCCUAAAUAAACCCACGCAAUAAAGCCAUUCAGAGUUCAAAGUAUUAUAUCGAUAGAGUCGACAAUCGAUUUGAGUCACAAAAUGGUUAUGCUUUUGUGAACUCCGUUUUGAACAGGGUGAUAACCUUUUAUAAAUCUGUCUCGGAUUUACCAGAUAUGAAUAUCACAUAGAAUAAAAGCCACUGAUG